CUUACUCAUUUUCUUCGUCUGUGGCCGCAUGCCUCGUGUACAGUAAUAAAAUUCAUUUAAAUUGUAUUUAUUUAUAAACUUCGAUUUCUGUAACGGCUCGUAAAAUUCAUGCUCAUGAGGUAUUUCGCCGUCUGGAACAGUUAAAACGCACGAAUGGCACUUGCGUAUUUACCACUCGCUAUUCUGAUUAUAUUUAAUAGUAACAAUGAAAAUUGCGUCAGAAGCUCUAGCGAUAAUUCUACAUCUGCAAAGAUUCCCAAGCAAAUUUUGGAUCCUAAAAGAAGAAACGACUUAGUGGACGAAGCAUUCCUGGAACAAAAAGAUAUUCUACUUAGUAUGUUAGAGAAUAAAUUAAAAGAAGUUCGAGAUAAAAAAAGAAAAAGAACCGAUCGUUCUGAGACCCUCAAAGAAAUCACCAGCGACGCUAAUGAGUGUAAAUUAUUACCAAGUGACGUUGAUUUAAAAUUGAAAGCAAGCGGAAUUGUUGGAAUCGGGGAAACCGAUUUACAACUUAAAUUUGGUGAAUCCGGCAAUAGCAUGUUGGAUCUUAAUGCUACUGGGAUAUCUAACGUUGGUAAGAGUAGCAUAAAGCUUGGUGUUGGUGAUGGAAACAUACACGUACCAGGUCUUCAAGAUUUGUUAAAUGGUGCGUCAUUAGUGAAAAGUAAUUGCGAGAAACAAAAUAGGCAUGGAUCUGAGAAACGGUACGACGAGGAAAAACGCGAUGUCAUUCCCAUUGAUUUAAUAAACAGAAGGAGCUUAGAGGUGCCACCUGGUGUUGGAAAUGAAAGUUCAUUGAGUUCAACUGCUGAAACGCCUCAAGAAACUGACCCAUCGGUUUACGACACCACGCAGAAUGAAAAUGAAAACGUUACAGAAAGCAUAACAACUCAAACAGAAAAUGCUGAUGUAUAGAUAAUACCAGAAAAAUUUUGCUAAUUGUUUUUUUCUAAUGCCAUUACAUUAAUCGAUAUUUUGA